GCAGCGGCAGCCGAACGCAGCGGAGGGAUGGCGGCGGCCGCAGGCGAGGCGCGCCGGGUGCUGGUGUACGGCGGCCGGGGCGCGCUGGGCUCGCGAUGCGUGCAGGCCUUCCGGGCCCGCAACUGGUGGGUUGCCAGCAUCGACGUGCAGGAGAACGAAGAGGCCAGUGCCAACGUCGUGGUUAAAACGACAGACUCGUUCACGGAGCAAGCCGACCAGGUGACAGCUGAGGUGGGGAAACUCCUGGGUACGGAGAAGGUGGACGCGAUCCUUUGCGUGGCUGGAGGAUGGGCUGGGGGCAAUGUCAAGUCCAAGUCGCUCUUUAAAAACUGUGACCUGAUGUGGAAGCAGAGCGUGUGGACAUCCACCAUCUCCAGCCACCUGGCCACCAAGCACCUCAAGGAAGGAGGCCUCCUGACCUUGGCGGGGGCCAGGGCCGCCCUGGACGGGACGCCUGGAAUGAUCGGCUAUGGCAUGGCCAAGGCCGCGGUUCACCAGCUCUGCCGGAGCCUGGCCGGGAAGAACAGCGGCCUGCCACCUGGUGCUGCGGCCGUCGCCCUGCUCCCGGUCACCCUGGACACCCCGGUGAACAGGAAGUCGAUGCCCGAAGCCGACUUCAGCUCCUGGACGCCCUUGGAGUUCCUGGUCGAAACCUUCCAUGACUGGAUCACAGAGAAGAAUCGACCAAGCUCAGGAAGCCUAAUCCAGGUGGUGACCACAGAGGGGAAGACGGAGCUUACCGCAGCAUCUCUAUAAGCUUCGUUUCACCAUCUGUCAGAAAGGUCAUCGGUCCAUCCGUGCGGCCGAGUGUGGCCUUCGUUUUCUGUAAUCCUGUUUGUGGGACGUGAUUCUAAGUCCUGUUUUCCUCUCGCCUAAUGUGCGUUUGUUCUAGGACAGUGUCCAAAUUUGUGUGAAAUGAAAGCAUGUGAGGCUCACAGACAGCGCCGUGGGUCAGUGUUACCCACGAGAUUUCGGGAGGUCUCGGGACGACCCCCUCUGCAUCGGUGUCGUGUUGAAUUGCCUUUGAGACUGUGUGUCUGAGUCCCUGACAGUGGCUGUCGACCGACUUGGUCAGAGAUUUGUUGGGAACGGGGACAUUUGGAGCCUGACUUGUUUCUGAAUGUUGUGCCUGUAUCACAGACGUAGUUUUCAUAGCCUCGAAUUCAUCUGCCUUAAAACUCCUGCGGUAGAAGCGAAAUCCUGUGGGCUCUGUCUGUCCUAAUAAAUGCACUUCCUUUGUGAUAUUGCCUUCUCUAAUCAAAAUGCAUCUUAUGAACGGUCAUGGCUGACUGCACUAGAAUCUUGGGCUGCCCGUGCUCUUUAGCCUGAUGUUCUAGAAAGGGGGUUGGAUUGAAACCCUGAAAUAAGUGUUUUCAGCAUGGCAACAGGCACGAUUCCCUCGCGGGCGUACUGGAAUCUGCAGGGUGGCCCGUGUGUUUAAAAGCAGGGCUCCGUGUGACUUCACACGGGCUGCUCCGACUGAGAACUGGUGGUGCAGUGCAACCCAUUUUACAGGUGGUGAAACUGAGGCCCACAGCAGUGCCUUGUUAUCCUCACGGUCAGUAAGUAUCAGAGUGAGCCCAGAAGCCCAGUCACCAGAUGGUUGCGGUUCACAAAGGGCUUUACCAUGUUUUUCCUCUCCUUAAUUCUUUCAAAGCCUUUUUUUUUCAUUGAAGUAAAAUUCAUAUAACAUAAAAUUGGCCAUUUUAAAGUGAAAAAUUUGGUGGCAUUUACUAUGUUCACAGUAGUCUGUUACCACCUCCUCUGUCUAGUUCCCAAACAUGUUCAUCAUCCCCAAAUCCAGCUCCUUAGCUGCUAAGCAGUCAGUCUUCUUCUUCCUGCCCCCAGCCCCUGGCAACCAACAGUCUGCUCUCUGACUCUGUGAAUUUACCUGUUCCGCAUGUUUCAGAAUGUAAAUACAGUCAUGGACGGUGUAGACUUCUGUGUCUGACUGAUUUUACUUCCCAGGUGGCUCAGUGGACGAAGAAUCCUCCCGCCAGUGCCAGAAACGUGGGAGACAUGGGUUGGAUCCCUGUGUUGGAAGAGCCCCUGGAGGAGAAAAUGGCAACCCACUCCAGUAUUCUUGCCUGGGCAAUUCCGUGGGCAGAGGAGCCUGGCGGGCUAUACAGCCCAUGGGGUCACACAGAGUCAGACAUGACUGAGCACACACGUGUAUUUUCCUUAGCGUGUUUUCAGGGUUCAUCCACCACGUGUGCUUAGUCACACAGUCAAGUUCAUGUCCUCGGGAGACGAUUUUAUGAGCCCAGUUCUUGCAAGAACCAUACCCGUAGACCAACAAGCUGCCAUAAUUAGGAUGAGAUGAGGUCGUAGGGUGAAGCCCUCAUGAAUGGGAUUAGUGUCCUUACGAGAGUCCUGGACACCUCGCUUCCCUCUGCUCUGAUCUCCACCACGGGUGGACACAACGAGAAGCUGGCCGUUGCAGCUGAGAAGCGGGUCUAUACCAGGACCCAGACAUGCUGGCCACCUGCUCUCAGGCUUCCAGCUCCCAAAACCUCCAGAACACACAUUUCUGUCAUUUAUAAGCCACUCCAUCCAAGGUAGUUGAUUACAGCUGCCCGAACUAAGACACUAGCAAAACAAAAUGUGUGCAGAGAAGACAGAGAUGACCAGCAACUGAGCUCUCUUAAGAUUGGGAAGAAGAGAGAACUCGGCAAAGGACACUGGAAGGAACAACCAGUCGGCGGAAUGUGCUGUCUUAGGAGUAAAGUGAAGAAGCAUAUUGAGGUGGAAAGAACGCACAGGCCAGAUGCUGCUGAGAAGUUAAGGAAGACGACCGCUAGAAGCAGACCACUGGACUUGGUGGCAGGGAGAUCCCGGAUGACGCUGGCAAGUGCUUUCAGUGGAGCGGUGGGGGUCAGAGAUUCGGGCAAGCUUCAGAGAGGCUUCCCUGUUGGCUCAGCCAAUAAAGAUCUGCCUGCAGCGCAGGAGACUUCGGUUCAGCCGCUGGGUCGGGAAGAUCUGCUGGAGAAGGGAAUGGCAACCCCCUCCAGGAUUCUUGCCUGGAGAAUCCCAUGGACAGAGGAGCCUGGAGGGCUACAGUCCUUUGGGUCACAAAGAAUCAGACGACUGGGCGACUGACUUCCACGUCGGAGAGCAGGGAAGAGAGGGAGUGAGUGUGUAGACACCUCUGUCUCAGCUCCCUUUUUUACGUUUGUUUAGUUUAUGUUGAGCUGCGUUGGGUGUUCGUUGCAGCCUGCAGCGUCUGUCACUGUGGCGUGCGGGCUCUCUCGUUGCGGAGCACAGGCUCCAGUGCUCACGGGCUCAGCAGUUGUGGCGCUCGGGCUUAGCUGCCCCGUGGGAUCUUACUCCCCCGACCGGGGAGCGAACCCACGUCCCCUGCAUUGGCAGGUGGGGUUUUAACCACUGGACUGCCAGGGAAGCCCCAUAUCAGUUUAAGUAUUUUGUUGGAGUCUCCUAGAUGUUAUUCUUUUUUAAUUUAAAUUAAUUAAUUAUUUUAAUUGGAGGCUAGUUACUUUACAAUAUUGUAGUGGUUUUUGCCAUAUAUUGACAUGAACCAGCCAUGGGUGUACAUGUGUUCCCCAUCCAGAACCCCCCCUCCCUCCUCCCCCCGCUCAUCCCAUCCCUCAGGGUCAUUCAUCCCAGUGCACUAGCCCUGAGUGCUCUGUCUCAUGCAUUGAACCUGGACUGGUGAUCUGUUUCACAUAUGGUAAUAUACAUGUUUAAAUACUAUUCUCUCAAAUCAUCUCACCCUUGCUUUCUCCCACAGAGCCCCAAAAUCUGUUCUUUAUAUCUGUGUCUCUUUUGCUGUCUCGCAUAUAGGGUCAUCAUUACCAUAUUUCUAAAUUCUAUACAUAUGUGUUAAUAUACUGUAUUGGUGUUUUUCUUUCUGACUUACUUUGCUCUGUAUAAUAGGCUCUAGUUUCAUCCACCUCAUUAGAACUGAUUCAAAUGUAUUCUUUUUAAUGGCUGAGUAUAUUCCAUUGUGUCUAUGUACCACAGCUUUCUUAUCCAUUCAUCUGCCGAUGGACAUCUAGGUUGCUUCCAUGUCCUGGCUAUUAUAAA